GAUCAGGAGAGGGAGGGGCGGGGACUGGAGGAAGGGAGGCGAGCAGGGACAAGGAAAGGGAGGGAUUUCCUGCGGGGAAAGAGGAAAGCUGGCACCUUGACUCGUUCCAAAACUUGGGAAAAACUACGGCAGGACUGGAGGCAAAGGUUCCCCGGUGCCCGCGGGGGUUACAGGUAUGAAGACAAGAAGGGGCUUGAAGAAAUAUUUCAAUGAUUGAGAACAGAGAGAAAAUUAGUAGUCCGCUAAAAUAGAAGCCUCUUCGUUACCUCGUGGGACCUUAGAAGGAAGCAGCAGAAAAACACUGAACUCAAGAUAAGCGAAGGAAUACAAGGAAGCUCUUUCAUGAGUAGACUUUGUCAUGGAGCGUCGUGCCAGAUCAUUGCACCCUGUCAUUUUGGGAAGACAUGGCACAUGGUCCUCUGCUUUUGAUGACGUAUGGGCCCUUUUAUUUUGACCGCAGAUCUGAAAGAGUUUACAAUUCUGUGUUGACAGUGCUGAUACUCCCUUUCAUUGUUUUCAAAUCUCUGCUAUACAUCUGAAGGCUAUUGCGCUGGAUUUAAUACCGAACAGGAUACCUCUAGUCGAUAUACGUUUGGAGCGUGUGCUGGAAAUGAUUCAUUUUCCAGAAAGUUGUUGCUGGGGGUCAAAUUAGCAAAUGUCCUCUGUGGAUAUAAUUUGAAGGAACGUAAGGGUAUAUUUUUGGCCGUAAACUAUUGCGAUGACGCCAUAGAGUGGCGAUGGGUCGAGAGAAUGAACUGAUUCAAGCUGUAAAGAGCGGGGAUGUUGUAACUGUACAGAAACUGCUUGCCAAGGUCCGAGCUUCCAAAAACAAGCUGCUUGGAUCUACAAAGAGGUUAAAUAUAAAUUAUCAGGAUGCGGAUGGGUUUUCAGCACUGCAUCACGCUGCACUUAGCGGCAACUCUGAGCUCCUCCUCAUGCUGCUUGAUACACAGGCAGCCGUAGACAUUAAAGACGGCAAUGGUAUGCGGCCACUUCAUUAUGCGGCUUGGCAAGGACGUCCGGAGCCUGUUCUCCUCCUGCUUCGUGCUUCUGCCAGUGUCAAUACUGCGUCCCAAGAUGGGCAGAUCCCCUUACAUCUGGCUGCACAGUAUGGGCACUAUGAAGUGUGUGAGACGCUCCUGCAGCACCAGUCGAAUCCCUGUCAUGUCAACAAAGCCAGGAAAACCCCUCUGGAUUUGGCCUGUGAAUUUGGCAGAGUGAAGGUGGUGCAAUUGUUGUUGAAUAGCCACCUGUGUGUUUCCCUCUUGGAGGGGAUUUCGAAAGACCCCACAGACCCUAAUUUCACUACACCUCUGCACUUGGCAGCAAAAAACGGCCACAGAGAAGUUAUCAGGCUACUCCUGAAAUCUGGUAUUGAGAUUAACCAAGUGACCAAAAUGGGUACAGCUCUUCACGAGGCAUCACUCUGUGGCAAAACCGAGGUGGUAAAACUGCUGAUAGAGAAUGGAAUUGAUGUGAACAUUCGGAACACAUACAAUCAAACAGCUUUGGAUAUUGUCAACCAGUUUACAACUACACAUGGCAGCACGGACAUCAAACAGCUGCUAAGAGAGGCUUCUGGAAUUCUGAAAGUUCGAGCCCUGAAGGAUUUCUGGAAUUCUCAUGAUCCAACUGCCCUAAAUAUUCGAGCUGGGGAUGUGAUAACGGUCUUGGAGCAACAUCCUGACGGUCGUUGGAAGGGUCAUAUUCAUGAUGCCCAAAAAGGAACUGAUCGAAUAGGCUUCUUUUCUCCAUCGAUUGUGGAGGUCAUUAGCAAGCGGCUGGGCUCCACUCUUUCCCGUAACGUUGUAAUACCUUCUCAUCAGAGACUGGCAAAACCUGCGCAUUUGCUGGCUAAUCAGCUCAAUCCAGUAACUGGGAUACAGUUGGGGAUCUGCACUGAGAACACUGGAGCUGGUGACCGUCACAGCGUAGGCAGCGAUGGCAGUGUGCGCAGCGCCGGAAGUGGCCAGAGUUGCGAGGGAAAUGGAGUUGGAACUGCCAUCCUCAUAGAGAAUAAUAAGGCUCCACGCCUUGGUUUGAAUGAUCUGCAAAAUUCAAGAACAUUUCCAAGCUCUGUAUGUGGCCACUUGCUGAAUACUGGUUAUGCAGUGGAGAAAGACCCAGAAAUCUAUCUGCAUGGGAAGGAUGCAGAACUCAUUUAUUGCUGGCUGCGGGGCUUCCAGUUAGAAAUGUAUGUGGGGAACUUUCUGGCUGCAGGCUACGACCUUCCAACAAUCAGUCGCAUGACACCAGAGGACUUAACAGCAAUUGGGGUGACAAAGCCGGGGCACCGCAAGAAGAUUUCCACAGAGAUUGGCAAGCUGAGUGUUGAGGAUGGCCUUCCACUUCAUACUCCGGCGGACCUCUGGGAGUGGUUGUCUUUGCUAGGUCUGCCGGAGUACCAUAAACAGCUGUCAGACAAUGGCUACGAAACCCUGAGCACCGUGAUGGAGCUAACUUGGGAGGGACUACAGGAAAUCGGUAUCCACAGGCUAGGGCACCAGAAGAAGUUACUGCUUGGUGUAAAACGCCUGCUGGACCUUCAGCGCGGACAUCCUGUCGGAGGAACUCUAAGACGCAGAAUUGUAGGUUCCAAGGACCAAGUUACAGUUCAGGAAUCUGCAGAAAAUGGGGAACCACCCGUUACCCUUAAGCUGAGGACAUUUCAGGGGUUGGAAAUCAGCCAUGAACUGCAGAGUGCGCUCACACGAGGUCCUGAUGGCUUCUGUGCAGGAAGACGCUCUUAUAGCCAGGAGAGUAUUAGCUCUCGUUCACAGGGCUCCGGCCACUCACAGGAAUCUGCCUCUUCCCGUCCAUUGUUGGCCACCAACACCCAAGAAACAAACUCAACCUUACCAGAAAGGAACCUUCCUGAGGGAACAGAGCAACCACAGUGGAUGCCUAAUGGGUGCCAAACUCGACCAGAGCCACCCAUACCACCUCCCAAACCUAGCCUAAAAAAACGUUCACUCAGUGUCUGCCGAUAUGCACUGUCAGAUGGUGAGCCGGAGGAGGAGGAGGAAAAAAAGGUUGUAUCGGGAUCUGGAUCACUGGGAUCAUAUGCCACACUUACCAGACGUCCUGGGCGAAGUACUUUGACUAAUGGCCAGCCAGAGAAGAAAGUACAGCGUAGCCAGUCAUUUGCUGUCCGGGCACGCAGGAAGGGGCCUCCUCCACCACCCCCCAAGAGGCUUAGCUCUAUGUCUAGUGUGGAAACAACAGUCUCUGGGGCAAACUGCUCAGUUAGAAGCAUAGCAGCACGACUAGAAGAAUUAGGUGGUGUGUCAGAAUUCCGACCUUGUGAAAAUCCUCAAACAGAUGAAAAAGAAGUCUCUGGGGGACGAAGGAGGACAGUGAGCGAGUCUGCAGCAGGACUUGGAGGAAGGCUGACAGUACCACCGAUGGUAAAGAGGGAGGGGGAGGAAGAAGGGAAGAAAGAAGAACCAAUAUCAUCACAACACAGUUCAAGUGAAAGUCUCCCAUUCGCAGAAGAAGGCAAUCUCACCAUUAAACAGAGACCCAAACCACCAGGGACUAAAACUGAACAAGAUGUCACAUUGGAGUCCAGUAUCAGCCCAGUGACCAGAACAGAGCAACUGACAAACAGGGAUGUCCAGGUUGUUUCAGAGCUGAACGUUCCGCCACCCAUAGCUCCCAAGCCACUGACUGUAUCUAAACCAAACAUAGAGACCAAGCCUUCAGCAGAAGUGCUCGGCUCUAAACUUAGUAUGCAGCCUGAUUUUCAGCUUACAGAGUCAGACACAGUAAAACGGAGGCCAAAGGUGAAAGAGAAAGAGGUUGCUUGUUUUGGUGAAGAGAAUCAGGAAAUACAGAGUAAAUGGAAAAAUCCUUCCCCCUUACCUAAAGGAUCCCCAGCGCAGGAAAUUCUAGUGACCAAAAUUGCGGAGAUAGAGAAGAACCUCUGCAGCCUAGGAAGGAACGAAGGAAUGGAGGAGAUUCCAAGAGUUGCCAAUGCUGGAACAGGGUUUCAAGUCUCUCAAUCUCAUUUAGUGAUUUCUGGGCCCCAAUUAGUUUUGCAGAAGCCAUCAUGGGGAGUAAGUAGCUCAGCUCGUCCUGCAGACUCAAUAAUAUGGGGAAAUGAGGCUGGGUCUCGCCGUAGCGAACGGGACAGUGUACGUCCACAGAACAUGGUAAUCUCAGAACUGGGAUGCAAUAGCUCUUCACAACAGACAGCGGAAGCGCAAGGGACCACAAAAGAAACUAACAGUGUUGAGUCAAUACCACUAACCAAGAACAUCCUUGAUGAUAUCAGCACGAUGUUUGAUAAUUUGGCUGAGCAGCUGGAUGCCAUGCUGGAUUGAAGUUUUUGGAAUUUACCGCAAAAACUAAAUGCAGACAACGUGGUGCAUCUUGGGUUUUGGAUGAAAAAAAAAAGAAUGCAGUGAAACAGUGCCUUUUCAAUUGGAUUCUACUGAAAAAAAAAACAAAAAACUGCAGAACUAAGAUGAACUUACAGGUGUUGCUCAUUUGCUUGUAUUUUUUGUAUAGUGCAUUUCCCCAGGUUAAAAAAGUAUGUGUAUUUUAUGUACUACCAAUCACAAUGAAAUUGUAAAUGUUUGAUUUGUUUUGUUCUGUUUCACAGAAAAGUCUAUUUUAAAGUAACUUUUAUAAAUAUAUGUAUACAUUUCUAUAAAUAUAUAUAUAUAUUUACUAACCUUGAA